AUGAUUAAACGGAAUUUGGAGAUGGCGUUGUUGAUGAAGGGAGAGCCGCUGGUGGCGAAGCUGGCAUUACUGGCCAAGUACGGGGUGCUACCGGGAGCUAUGAUAGCUGCUUUGAUCUACUCUCCUCCCGAUUACGCCUCGUCCAAGGAUAAGCAUCAUUCCUCUACUCCAUCCAAGUAGAUACUUCACCUAUUCCUCCAACGGGGUCUUUUCUGAUGAGUAUGCAUCUGUGCAAUCACGUAGAGAUCCUUUGGAUGGAGCUGGCAUGUAAUAAUCCUCAUAGCCACUUUGUCGCUGUAUUCUAGUUGUAGGCUUGUGGGAGUUCAAGUAUUUUUGCCUUUAAAAACUUGAAGCACUUUUUCUUCAAAGGCUCUAUGAACAACUGGAGAGAAUUUGAUAUAUGCUGAUUGAUGCUUUAAUGCCUUAAUUGAGUGAAUAAAUCUUUCGCUGUGGAUAGGUUUAAUUAUUCUUUG